AUGUCCAUGAACGAAGAACCUAUUGUCAUCGUUGGCACAGGGGAUUUUGGAAGGGCGUUGGCGACAAGGCUCCAUCGCUUUGGAUUCAAAGUUGUACUUGGCUCGAGAAAUCCAAGCACCGUUGAAACCAAAGUCAUCCCUCUACUUGUCGACGUGCUCGAGAACAAAGAAGCCCUACAACGUGGAAAUAUCAUUAUCUUUGCCGUCCAUCGCCAAUCUUACGAAGCGCUUGCGAAUGAAUACCGAGACAUGCUAAAGCAGAAGAUCGUCGUAGAUGUAAACAAUCCACAAACUUCCAAGAAAGGAGAUCAGUCAAGUGGCGAGUAUUUGGCCAGUCUGCUACCUGAAAGUAAAGUUGUCAAGGCGUUUAAUGCCUCAGUUGCUAGAUCAGUCGGCAAAUUCAGAGUGCAGCCUUUGUUGAAUUUUAACUACCAGGUACUUAGCAAAGGUUUUGUGGGUUAA